GCGGCCGUUGCCGUGAGGCGCGCGGGCCGGGAGCGGCGCGGGGCUGCGGCCGUGCGGAGCCCCGUGUGCGGGGGGGGCGGGGGAGGUGUGGGCGCGAGGGGGCCCCGGGCCGAUGGCAGCCGGCACAGCCCCACGGCUGAAGCGGCUGCUUACAAAGGCAGGGCGGCCGUGUGCGCUGCGGGAGCCCGAAAUGGACUGUGAGGGGCCCAACCGGGCCAGCCCGGGCCGGCAGGCUGCAGCGCGGCCGGGUGAGGCUCAGAGCUGGCAGGCCUCUGCCCCCUCCGCUGAGGGUUCGUGCGGCGGAGCUUCUGCCCGGAGGGGCCACAUCCGGCACGGCAGGAUUCGGCUGGUUAGUGUGCGAGGCCGGGAAAGCUCGCAGGCUGGGGCUCCGGGGCAGGCGGAGGAUGUCACAGCGCGGCUGACAUCACCGGGCUGCUGGAAGCUGGGUGCUGUCACAGUGCGUUUCCGUGACGACGACGGGCCCUCCCCAAGGAGCCGAGGGGAGCUUUGCUGCUCUGUUUGUUACCCGGCGCAGCCUGUCGCGGGGGGGCUGGGCAGACAGUCUUGCCAAAGAGGCCUGUGGUCCAGCACAACUGAGAGCACAAUCCUUUUGUUUCUCCUCGAACCCUGGCCAGGCUGUGGGGAGAAAAGCAAGAGGAGAAAGAGGGCACCGGGUGUUGGUGUUCCCCCGGACUGCCACGUGGAUCGGUUCAUUCAGUGGCAUCAAGGCUGGACCUGCUUGCAGCGGCUUUGGACACCUCGCCCACGGGAUGGAUGCAUUGCUGUACAACUCCCCAGUGGCCGGGAGAGCUUCUCCAGAUGCUCAUUGCCAACGGGGCUCCCCCAGAUUGUGGCGAUCUGGGAUGCUGUGUCUGAUUACAUCCUGGAACAGAUGAAGCUGGACAAGGGAGUCCUGGUCCCGGGACUCGGGCUCUUUGCUGCGGUCCGAGAGCAAUUCCACAGCAAAGAAGUGGCGGUGUCGGUCCGAAGACCUGUCUUCCAGCUGGACAUCGGGGUGCUGUGGCUGCAGGACCUCCAGUCGCCCACCGACAUCAUCCCCGACGAUGUCAAGAUUGAGCGGCUGAACUACCGGCAGCUCUCGCGAGCCACCGGCAUCUCGCUGCACGUGGUGCAGCGCUGCGUGCGAGAGACCGUCCUCUUGUACUGUCACCUCCUGAGGAACAAGGCGCACGUCUCAUUCGCCUUCAAGAACAUCGGCGUUAUGACGUACGAGGACGACUUCCUCUGCAUGAGGUUCUUGUCCAGCUGCAUUACAACGCUGGAGAGCAAUGCCAGCCUGACUGCACUGCUCCACACUAGAAUUUGGCCGGCCCGUUCUGCUGACUUCGGGUCAGAGACUACCGCUCAUGGAAUCCAGGUGUUGCCGAGGUUUCAGCUCGCUGUGAAAAAGAGCAGAGCAGAGGCCGCCGCAGAAAGGAACGCUGCAGUGGCGCGGAAGAUGAGUAGAGGGGGCACUGCCGGCAGGCUGCUACAGAAGCGGAAGACACUUCCCCCCUCCAUGCUGCUGCAAUACCAGGCAGGCUCAAGGCAGCAAGAUGUGGCAAAGAAGCCUUCUGCCAGCGUGCUCCCGCCGUGUGCAGGCAGCUCCCACGGGAGAAAGCAAGCAGGACAGAAGGAACCAUCUACUCCUGCCCAGACCAGCACUGCACUCCCUGCGACAGAGGACUCUAAGAGAGUGCUGCAGGAGCUCCGGGAAGUGUCUGCCCUGUGGAAUGAAGCAGACCGCACGUGGCCCGUGUACCAGCAGCAGGUAGAGCAAACGCGGGCAGAAAGAGCGGCAUGGGAAGGCUGGAGUGCAGGGGAGGACCAGCCUCCACUGCAGCGGUUUGCCAGUGCGAGCGUGUGGGCUCCGCGUCCUCCAGCCCAGCCCCGGGGACAGCAAGUGAGGAGGAGGUGGAGGAAGGAUGUGGAUCCUCCGCCGGGAAGUAAAAUGGGGAACAGCGACCAAGCUGGCACUGCAUGCCGACCUCCUCUCCCCGCGAGCAGCUCAGGUGCUCCAAAGGUUGGAGCCCCACCUCCAUCAGCAAGAGGCUUUUGCUGACACCGCGGAAAGAAACCGGCAGAAGCUGGAGCUGAAGCGGCAGCUCCCCUGUGCUCGAUGCUCGUACCGCUCCAGAGGGGAAGGUGCUGGCAACAGUGGUGACGGCGCUGGAGCUGUCGGCAAGGGGGCUGGGAAGCUGUCCGGAUUUCCACCUGUGAAUGGCAAAUCGUAGAAUCAAAGACUUGUAGAAUGGCCUGGGUUGAAAAGGACC